AUCUAAGUACAAAGCUAGAUUCUGAGCAGAAGCAUCGAUUGAGUUUGCUUCAUACUUAUCAAAAACUACAUAAAUUACGAGGAGGAUUGAAAUUAUUUUUUUUUUUUUGUUGAAUUAAAUAAUAAAAGUAGUAAAAAAAUGCUAGCAAAGUGCAGAGAAGAUGAGGAUGAACUGAAGAAGCCGGGGGAAAGAAAACCCAGAAAAAAGAGACUUCCUGUACACUAAAAUUUCCUGGGGCCUCCUGCAACGCUAAUCAUCAUACUCAUUUCACGUUUAUUGGGUUUUCCUCGAAUUCGAAAUAAACACAUUUUGCGAAAAAAAGAAAGAAAUUGCGUCCAACACGUGGUGGCUGGCUGCUGCCGGAUGCAUUUUGUCUGGAUUCUCUUCUUCCCCUCGAAUUCUUUGCUUUCUAGAGGCUCCACUCCACCGCACCGCUUCCGGGUUUCCGCCCCACCUUUUCUUUUUCAACCCAGCCGUUACUUUUCUUGGGUCAAUCUCUUUCCACACUUGGCACUGCCCUUCUGAGCUUCGGUUACAUGGAUUCCUGUAAUCUCAACUCUCAAGUAUUUGGUGCCUGCGGAGCUUAAAUAGGGGCAAUUUGCUACUUCAGCUUUCAUAACCUGUGUUGAAUAGCCUCAAAACCUCACUCCCAGGGAGCAAAAAAUUAGAAUAGUUGAGAGCCCCCUUCCAAUUUCCCAAGCACACACUAAACCCAAAUCCAUGAUCCCCACUUGCAUUUUUCAUUUUGGUUGACGCCUGUUCAGAGAUGGAGAAUUCGAGUUGAUUGGGGCGGGAGAAUCCGUCCUCUCCUCACUGGCUUCCCAAGGGGCUGGAAAGUCAGUUGAGAAUUUGAAAUUCUGGAAAGAAACAUACGGAUUACAUUGAUCCUGUUAGUGGGCAUAUUUUUCAUACUUUGAAGGAAGCGUUUCAUCACCUUGACGCUGGAAAGAUGAGGAGGAAGCAUGCAUCAAAACCUAAGAAACGAGAGCCAAAUUCCGGACAGGAAUCUUCAUCUUGGGUUACUGAAAGUGAGGAGCAGAUGAUAGCUGACAAUAAAGCAGAAAAGCAGGGCAACGGGAACCAGACCCUGACUACUGACUCUUGUGGCAUGAGUCCUGAUAGUAUCAGAGAAGCCGGAAAGUUGGAGCAGGGUUCCCCUGCUGCUGAGGCUGAGGUUUCUCUGGAGAAUGGAGCAUCCAAAUCUGAGAAGAAAAAACGAAAUCGCAGUAAGGGGCUGGACUUGCCUCGCCGAACGUCAAAACGCCUUGCAGGCGUUGAAGUUGAUAUCUCACUAGAACCGACUGUACGCACCCGAAAGCGUCGAGCUGCAGGAAGAGAGACUAGUCAGGCGGAAGAGAGUGGGUCCAAAACUUGUGAGAACGUAGCCAAGUUUGAUGGACAUGACAAGAAGUUGAGUGCCAAAAAUGAAGCUGAUCUAAAGCCGGAAAGGGUAGAUGUUUUGCCUCCUGGAGAUAGUAAUGUCCUGGCAGAGAACCCCAACCUAGGGGUUACUGAAUGUAUGGCCGAUCAUAAGGAGGAAGUGCCGCUUGACUUGAGUGAGUUGAUGAAGUAUCCUUGCAUAGAGUUUGCCGUUAAAACUCUUAUUGGAGAGGAGACCAAGCCUACCGUGAACGCAGGGGGAUCUGCAAAUAUCUCUAAUGUGGUGGCUGAUACGUGCCAGGACUUACCUUCUAUGCAGGUCUGGGCAGAUCCAUGCUUCGAGUUCGCGGUGAAGACCCUUAUUGGUGACGCACCUUUGGAGACUGAACCAGCUUUGGAGGCUAUGUUGCAGAAGCCGUCGGGCAACUCUGUGGAACAGAAUGCUUCGGCAGUGCCUAGUCUCCAGGCAUGUGGAGUCGGCCAGGAAAGUAGUGAUUUAAUUAGACAGAAUGUAGCAGAUACCCCUGAGGCAAAGCGGCAGCUUUGAUGCCUGGCUGCUUCAUACAUAGGUCCAUUUGAGUAGUGAUUGUGAUCAUUAUUAGGUCGUUGCAUUUGCUUAGGAGUUGACAUUAGGUCUUUGUAAGAUGGUAGAUGCCUUUUGGACAUUCCUGACAUUUAGGUCUUGGUACCUAAUGUUGUUGUAACACCUAGUUGAUUAUCAGAAGUUCAGAACUUGGAAUUGAUAUGCUUCUUGUUUAUUCUGUGAAAGCAAU